GCAUCCGAGGGAACAUUUGGACUGCACAAAAGGAAGAAUUCUAGAACUUCCUGAGAUGCAGAAAUAAAUUUGAGGACAGUGCUACUGAAAGCAAAGAUGGGAGCAGCAGAGUCUUCUUCCAAGCCCGGUGGUUCUAUCCAUGACUUCGUCGUUAAGGAUACAAGAGGAAAUGAUGUGGAGCUCAGCAGAUACAAAGGGAAAGUUUUGCUGAUUGUGAAUGUUGCAUCUCGAUGUGGUCUGACAAAUUCCAACUACACUGAACUGGGUCAGCUCUACGAGAAAUACAGGGAGAAAGGAUUGGAGAUAUUGGCGUUCCCCUGCAAUCAAUUUGCCGGACAGGAACCAGAUAGCGAUGAGCAGAUUGUGGAGUUUGCCUGCAAUCGUUUCAAUGCAGAGUAUCCAAUUUUUCGCAAGGUUGAUGUUAAUGGCAACAAUGCCGCUCCACUGUACAAGUUCCUGAAGUCAGAGAGAGGCGGUCUAUUUGGAGAACGUAUCAAAUGGAACUUCACCAAGUUUCUAGUUGACAAAGAGGGGCACGUUGUGACUCGCUAUGCGCCAACCUGUUCCCCGUCCAACAUUGAGAAUGACAUCAAGAAGCUGUUGGAGGUUUGAGGUGUCUCCAGGGAAGAUCAUGCAUCAUGGGUGUGUCGUGUGUAUGGUGUCUUCUGUUAUUUUAAGUACUGUAUGUACUCUUUACUCUAUUAAGAGAAGAUCCGGUCUGUGGUA